AUCAGAAGAAAAAAGGAGGUGAAGACUUCGCCGUCUGGCGUUCAAAAAUGCCACCUCGUAAGGAUGGGAAGAUAGAAAGAAAAUGGGGUUGGGACUAACGUUUGACGUCUUCAGCCAAAUAAUGUGUUCUGGCCCUACGUUCCUUAUUGGCUGGACCAAAGGACGAGCGAUUUCACAGAGAAAAGUGUUACAUGUCUCCAGAUGGGGCAGAAGGAAUUCAACAAGGCCCUUCAACAUGAAAGUCGAGCUUGACAUCUGUCAAAGGCACUCCUUUACAAAUAGAUACACCGUCCACAGCCUUGACACAAACUCAACUGUGGGAUAGAAAAGGCCACCACAGUCUGUAAAAAACAAUAGAGCAAUUAAAUUGGCUGAUCCUGAUUGUCCAUGCCUGAAUUGUCUAAGCAAUCGACAUUCUUUAAUUUAUCUUCCGAAAAGUUUAUUCUUCGGCAUACUACUGGACGUGUUCUUGGCGAAAGAGCUGCUUCAUGCGGUGCCGAUGGUAGAAGCCGACGGAUUGGCAACAGGAGGAUUCUGUCUUUGGCCGCAUUCAUAUUUGGAGUGAACGUUGCUGCUUGCUGAAUAUGUGGAAGAAGACGGCGUUUGUUUGAGUUAUUCAGCUCGGGAUCUUCAUCUGCAAGAAAGAAAAGAUGAUGCGGUAAUAUAAAUAUUCAUAGUGAGUUAUAAAUAUAAUUUAUUUUCAGAAAUGGGACCAAAAUGGUUGUUAUGAACGGGAAUGUUGCAAGGAAAAAUCAGGAAGAGUAAACGAAGACAGAGAAAAUUUCAAUUUACUGGCCAAGGGAAUGCGAUUCUCGUACAGAAUUACAAGACCAUGGUUGUAGAUAUAAUGGUUCCCACUGUCUGUGUUAUAAGGUCCCAUAAGAAAAAAAUUGAAAGUUCUCCGUCAAUGAUCUUUCCUCAGGGCAUGGUUACUACGAAAGUGCUGCCAUCUGCCCACACAAUCUCUAACUGAAUGGCUUACUGCAGAAACGAAGAAUUCACGUUUUAAUGGCGGAAAUGCAGAUUAAUGUAAAAUGACACGCAAACCAUGUUUCGUUUUUAAUUGUAAAUCUUCUUAUAACAAAGAAAAUGAAAGUCUUGCGUUUUUCCAUCCACCGAAGUUGUGUCUAAAUUCCUGGCAGGAAAUUAUUAAAAAGCCAGGACUCACUUGCCAGUCCAGAAUUUGCAGUAUUCAUUUUGAAAAGAACGACAUACUCAAAGGGAGAGAAAUUCAAGGCGUGUUUUACAGUUAUCCGAAAUGGAAAUUAAAAUCAGGUGCUCGGCCCAGUAAAUUGCUAGGAAAUGAUGUCAGCGUACUCGAAAGACCUGCUGCAAAGAAGUAUGUUCACAGUGAUAGGUUUAAGUCACCAUAUCGAAAUAUAACAGCAAAGUCUAAAGCUGCUAAUCCUAAGCUGCAGUUGGACAAUCAAUCAUUUUUGUCGAAUAACAACACCAAUGUAUUGAUCCCAUCACAUGCAAAGAAGUCAACGUCAAAUAGCAUAGCUAUACACCAACUUGACGCUGAAAAAGGAAAAGUAAAUGAUAUGGAAGCAGCUGAACCUGUGGCAUUACCAUGUGUAACAACAGAAGACAUGUUCCAGGAACCUACUACUGAAACACUCCUACACAUUCCACCUGAAAAAGAAAUGGCAUCUGAAUCUGAAUCUCAAUUGAGAGUAGAAUUUGAACCGAAUGAUAUGGAAGUGGAUGAACUGAUUGGAGCACCGGGUGAAAUGACAGAAGAAAUGUUACAAGAAAAUUCAGAACAAACAGCACGGGAGACAGAAAUGGAAGGAUACCUUGACCCAGCUACAUACACUGAUGUUAUUGCGAGAGUCAAACUACCUUCCUCUUCGUGGAUGUGGCAAGAAGAUAAGGUUAACAAAACCCUCGUGUGUUUCAGUCAUUCAUUUUCUCCAGAUCGCAAAAUUGUAAUAAAAACAAUCUCAGUUGUCUCCAUGAAUAAGGUGGAAUUGUUCCUCAAUGGAAAACAAAUAUUUCCCCGUAAUGUUAAGACUAAUUUCAAUGUAAUUGAAGAUUUAUCUAACAUUAUUGGUGCCGUGGAAGUAAGCAAUGUGUGUGAUGGAAUUGUUUAUUAAUCCAAAUAACAGCGAGAAGAUGUCGAUGCAAUUAGUGGUAAAGGUUUUUUCAAGACGUAUGAGCAUUGCUUUGAAUCACUACAGAGAAAAAUACGAAAAAGAUAGCAUUAGA